AGCCUGCAUUUAGUCUAAAAUAUGCCUUUUCUUAUUUGAGUUCAAGUUCAAGACUUAUAUUAUAAAAUGAAGCUGGUUUAAGUUAGCACUGAAGUGGCUCCCUAUCACAGUUCAAAAGACUACUUAAGCAUUUUGUCGUUCCUUUAUUUGUUAAAUCCACAGAUAAUUUAAUCAUACUGCUAGUCGAAUAGGUUCAAGGUUAACACUUUGAACUCAAGUGCCCAGAAUGUUGUAAGAAAUGCUGGAAAAAGCUUGAGUCUGGAAAGGUUUGGCACUUUAAAGUGAAAAUGUGUAGGAACGCUGCAGUUUACUGCUGCUGCAGGUGCCAUUCGUUUUACUCUUUAUCAGCGCUGGGAGCGGCACAUUAAUGCAUCACGGUGUCUCAGAUACCUCAGUUAUCCUCAACUGAUCAGGAAUUACAUUAGUGAUUGACUCAGAGUGAUGACAUCAUCACGUCUCCUGUUGUUUUUCAGUUCGGCGUGGAGGACAGAAGCUCUCAGUCAUCAGGUCUCCCUCCCUCAGCUGAAGGAGCUGGACUGGAGAGUUGACUUGGUAACUGGUUCUGACUCGGUUAGUCGGAUGGCAUUGCCAACCUGCUUGGUUCAGCUGAAGAUGGAGGAUCCAUGUCCGUCAGCAGGUGGAGAGUCGAUCUCUACAGUUACAGUGGAGCUGAGCAGGGAGUCACUGGACACCAUACUGGACGGACUGGGACGUAUCAGAGACCAGCUAUCUGUGGUGGCUGGGAAGUGAGAUGAUUCUGUGGACCCACAGCGUCGUCCCCUGGUAUCUUAUCUGGACUAAAGGUUUCUCCUGUUCAUGGUUUACACCUGAAAAUGUGGAUGAAGUUCAGAUUCUUUCCCAAAUGGGUCCAGUAGGUUUAUCAUUCUGAUGAUUUUUUUUUUUUUUUUGCUGAAUCUGACCACAAAAACCUGCUGCUGUUUCAUUUAGCUGCAGAUCAGACCAGAAAAGUUAAAUUUUUUAACAUUCAUUAAAUAUUUGAAAAAUUAUAAUUUCACAUUCUGUAUAUACAUUUAAUGUCAUAGAUUAUUCUACUCAAACAUCAUUCAUGUGUAAAUGUGUUUUGUUCCAUUUUUACUGUUAUGAAAAUAAACUAAUAACACAGUCAGA